AUUAUGCAAUAUGUCACACACUUCUUGAAUAGAAUUCACUAGAAAUGGGAGCUCAUACAAAGGUCAGUUCAGCUCUCCUCCUUCUCCUCCUCCUCCUCCUCAUCUCCAUCUCCACCUCCACCGCCACACCCAGCCGGGGAAUCAAGCACCGCCGCCCCUGCAAGAGGCUGGUGUUUUACUUCCAUGACAUCAUUUACAAUGGCCAGAACUCCCACAAUGCAACUGCAGCCAUUGUGGGGGCACCAGCUUGGGCCAACACCACCAUUUUGGCCGGAAAAAACCAUUUUGGUGACUUGGUGGUGUUUGAUGACCCCAUUACUCUGGACAAUAACCUGCACUCAACCCCAGUUGGUCGAGCUCAAGGCUUCUAUAUCUAUGACAAGAAGGACAUUUUCACAGCUUGGAUUGGCUUCUCCUUUGUCUUCAACUCCACCCACCAUAAGGGAAGCAUAAACUUUGCUGGGGCUGAUCCGUUGAUGAACAAGACCAGGGACAUCUCAGUGAUUGGUGGCACUGGUGACUUCUUCAUGGCUAGAGGGAUUGCCACCUUGAUGACAGAUGCUUUUGAAGGAGAAGUUUACUUCAGGCUUAGGGUUGAUGUCAAGUUGUAUGAGUGUUGGUGACAAGUUCUUUAUUUUAUUUUUUUAGUUUUUCUUUUUAAAUUUGGUGAGAAAAUGAAUUUAGGUUUGCAAUUUUAUUUAUUUUCGGUUUAUUUUAGUUUGAUGAUGGUAUGUAGUGAGUUAAUCUAUGGAUUAUCUCGUGGUACUUCUUUGUUCACUUUCUUAUGAAGAAUCUCUAAUUUGGAUUUUA